AUGAAACACAGGCUCUUGCUUAACCCAGUCAAGUGGCUCAGGGGAGCCAGAAAACGCCAUGCUGCUGACCUCUACGACGCGUCUGCCUACAAUCCCCAAACUCUAAAAUCCAACCCCUUUGCCAGGGCUUUGGACGCCACAAGAAUGGACAUUCUGGGAAAACGCUUCCCUCUAGGCAACAUGGUCCAAACCAUCGUGGAGAAACGUGGCGGGAAAUACGAAAUCGUGCCUGUUUUGGAGAAACCGGUGCUUGGGGUGAACCCCGCAAGCUACGUGUUGAACAGAGCGUCCUACAUUGCAUUUGCUCAGAAAAGAGUGUUUCUACCGAUACCCUCCAAACGCAGACAAAGAGACAAGAAACUGCUUGGUCAGACACGUGUGGUCGACGACUUUAUCGGUGUUUACCGUGGGCUUUUGGAGGAGGCGAUACGGCCGCUUUUGGACAACGUGGAGGGCGGUGAAGGUCCAGGCAUGAAGGUUCUACCGGGUAAUGGACCUAUAAAUUGGGAAAACGACACGCCACAUGUGUACAGCCCACUUGUUGACAAGGAAGUGCACCUUCCAUAUGAAGAAAACCAGCAAUUGUGCCAGCUUCUCUUGAAACAUGCCCAGUUCUGCGAUUGUGCCCCCACAGCCUCACGGUGA